UGUUGUGCUUUAAAACGGCAAGAUAUUAUCGUAUGGUGAGGCUUCAGUGUCGUUUCGUUUUCGUGGUACUUGGUUUAUUCUAUGCAUGGUCGCGGGAAGGACAGUCUGAGCGGAGCAAAGCCUCGCUAGUAAGCCUGAAGGAGUUUGACUUUACUCGGAAGGAUAGCUCAGCUGGCUAGCAUGUUUGACUUUACUCGGAAGGAUAGCGCAGCUGGCUAGCUGAAUAUGCUAAUCUACUAGAUUACUUUUUGACUGUUUUUUGCAAGUCAGUUAGCUAAAUGACGGGCGACUAAAGUCAAGUAGAGAACUGUAGUUCGCUACCUAGCAAUCCAUGUUUACGUUCAAUAUUGUGAAGCUACUUGUCGGCCUUUCUCCAGCGUACUUCUGCCCGUGUUAGCUUGCUAGCUUUGUGCUUGAUUGCACUCUGCAGAGGUUAGCAGCACUAGCGGUAGCUAGCAGUACAAGUUCGUUUCGUUCUUUUAAAAACCACACAAACAAGCUAGCUUCUCUAUUUUCUAGGAAGCUUGUUCUAAUGCUGAUUGAAUUGAUCAAAUACUAUAACUAGCUUUUUUGUUACCUAAUGUUUCUAACUAGCUUGUUUUUAGAUUUAUGAUGUAGCAGGGCUCUGAAAAAAUAUAGUAAUGCAGAUCAAGAUUUGAAAUGGAAUGUUUUUCACACAACCCAGGUUCUGAGUUAGUUACACCAUUAUUCUGGCAGAUCGUUGAAAUCCAACGUCAAGUUGUUCGCCAUCUCUGCUGUUUCUAAAAUGACACCGUAUGAGGGAGACAUAGUCAAUGGAAUAACAACAACACUGAAUGUUGUAAUAUAUGGAUAGAUAAACUUGUCAGUAUUGUCUUAUUUGACUUGUUCAUGUUUUCUCACAGCCCUGUAGGGGGCGACCAAGGUCAAAGUUGAAUUCCAAUUUCCUUAGCUGCUAUUAUCAGUGACAGACUGCAUACAGUAGUAUCAUCUUUACAUAUAUGUUCAGUGUGUUGUCAAGAUUGGUUGCCUGGUACUGUAAACAUCCCCGACUGGAAGCUGUGAUGUACAUGUUCUAGCUUUCAGUAGGGUGUUUGCUGCUCCAGGCAUCCUCAGACUCCUAGACUAGUGUUGUUGUUUGUAGAUCUAGGGCUGCAUUCCAGAUCUAGGGCUGCAUUCCAGUCAAAAUUAGCACCUUCUCUUCCUCCCAUCACUUGGAGCAAACCCUCCAGUGAUGUAUGUAUGGCGGACUGGGUGAGGGAAGAGGUUGCAAGUAAAAGUGGAUUGGGACCACAGGAGGCUGCUAAGGGGAGGAUGGCUCAUAAUAAUGGCCAGAACUGCAUGAAUGGAAGGGCAUACAAACGCAUGGAAACCAUGUGUUUGAUGUAUUUGAUACCAUUCCGCUCCAGCCAUUACCACAAGCCUGUCCUACCCUAUUAAGGUGCCACCAACCUCAGGUUUGCAUCUUCAUUUAAAUAACUGAAUGUUAUUGUUUGUACAUCUGUUUCCCAGACACAAAAAGUGUGUCUGACUCAAGUGAGUGCGCUUUACUUCCAGUUCUACUGCUGUGGGAAUGGAAGUAUCCUAGCUUCUCCGUUCUGAGUGGAGUUACUGUAAACAUCCUACACUCAGCUAUAGCCUGUAUGGAAGGCUGGGGAGAGGGUGUUUACUUUGACUGGCUUGGACAGCUUCAAUCUGCAUGGAUGGGAUUUAAUGGAUCACUCAUGAAGAGAUGGAAAAAUUUAUUUUUGUACAAACAGAAGAAGGCUGCAAUUAAUUCCCAUUGGUAGUUUUUAUGAGAAACCUAACAUGUAGAAGAUGCAAUCAAUGGAUGAUAUUUGGAUGCAUUGUCACCGAUCAAUAAUGACAAUACAGUUUGUUAUUGCAAAAAAUUAAACUUUGCAAAUGUGUAUUGAUUGAUUGACUGUUUCUUUUAUUCCUUGGAAUGUUUAUAAUGUAUAUCACAGUUUAUAGCAUACUAUUAGCCUAACAUUUUUAUGGACCUGGUUGAAAAUGGUAGUGAUUGCUGAAGAAAAUGCACAUUCAUUCACAAAUUUAAAUGUUUUGCCAGUUAACACACCUGUAUUCAAAAUCCAUGUAGGCUACAUUCAUUUUAAGCUUAAUCAUUUCAUCACAUUAUUUACAUAAAUUACAGUUUUCUACUGUUAUGGGAACAAGUUUAAUAACCAUUGAGCAUAUAUAUCUUGGCGUGAGUAACCAAUCAUGAUACUGUACACGAUUCCAUUCAAAAGAGAAGAAUAGAGUGGAAACCUUUUACAAAUGUAUCAAUGGUAGACUAUGUCUUCUGGUCAUCCCAGCCACAGGGGGAGGGCAUCCCAAACCAGCCUGCUUUUCUCUCCACAGGAAGACUAUCCGCCAUAUUUGUUGUCGCAGAUUCGCCAGAAACCUUCCUCAAAACAAAUAAAAAUACGAUUUUCAAUUACUUAUUCAAUAAGUAAUGUAGAUAUGUACAUUUAUUUAUGUAACUCUUAGGGUAUUACGUUUUAUUUUACAAACAUGGAGACGUCAACUGCAGGUGGGACUUCCUCCAUCUUCAUGUGUAAACUGUGCAACCUGUUCUCUCCACACCGAGCACAGCUCCUCUCCCAUGUGUCUGAGAAGCACCACACAGAGGGGCUCAACCCUGAUGACAUCAUUGUGGCCCUCAUGCCAUUGACAGCUCCACUGGAGAAGGGUGGAGGUGAGCACCUCCUCAAAGCAACCAGGGAUACCAAGGGUGGAGAUAGCCCUGUUAAGAGAAAACGAGGACGUCCUAAGGGCUCAACCAAGAAGAUUGUAGCUGAUGGGCCCAAUGCAGAGACAACUAGCCCCAACCAGAAAAAGCAGAAACAACAGACAGUAGAGGCCCAAUCAGAAGCUGGGCCAGUGGACGAGGAAGAACCAGAGGACGACAAUGCCCUGGACUGCAAGAAGUGCAACCGAGUGUUCGGCAACAGACGACAGAUCAUGAAACACAUCUGCUUGAUAGACCUCAGAGAGGAUGAGGAUCAGGAGGAGGACAAUGACAAAGAGUUUGAGGCUCAACCUGGCGCAGCAGAAGGCAAAGAGGAGGAUAGGGAGAGAAGCUCAAAGAGGCCACGGCCACUCCGCUCUGAGAAGGUUUCCCUUGUGAAGGAGCAGGAACCAGCAGGAGGCACCAAGAACCCCAUCAUCAGUGUGGUUCUGACCGCUCAUGAGGCACUUCCUGGUGCGACAAGGAUAGUGCCGAUCGAGGCCACCCCGGCUGAGCCGGUUGCUACAGCAGACACAGACCCUCAGGAGGCAGGACAGAAGAGAGGAUUUCAGGAAUAUUCCAUACAACAAGCUGCUUAUGAAGUGCCAUUAAAGUCAAACAGAAUAGGACAGACCCAGUUGAAGAUCUUCACCUGCGAAUACUGCAACAAGGUCUUCAAGUUCCGCCACUCCUUGCAGGCCCAUCUGCGAACCCACACCAACGAGAAGCCCUUCAAGUGCCCACACUGCGACUACGCCAGCGCCAUCAAAGCCAACCUCAGCGUUCACAUGCGCAAGCACACGGGAGAGAAGUUCAGCUGUGAACACUGCUCCUUCCAGUGCCUCAGCAAGGGCCACCUCAAGGUGCACGUGGAGAGAGUUCACCACAAGAUCAAGCAGCACUGUCUCUUCUGCAAGAAGAAGUACUCUGAUGUGAAGAACCUGCUCAAACACAUGAGGGAGAGCCACGACCUAGAGGACAAGAAGGUGAAGGACUCGUACCAUGAGUACAGUCUACAGACCAGAGAAGGCAAGAGGCAGCUCCUCUACGACUGCCAGAUCUGCGACCGCAAGUUCAAGAACGAGCUGGACCGUGACCGCCACAUGAUGGUCCACGGUAGCGAGAGGCCGUUCGGCUGCGAGCUGUGUGACCACGGCUGCACCAAGUUCCAGGCUCUCCAGGCUCACGUCCGUAAGCAUCCCUUCCUCUACGUGUGUGCCGCCUGCCAGCAGAAGUUUGUCAGCUCCGUGCGGCUGAAGGCCCACCUGAAGGAGGCUCACCCAGAGUCAGAGGAGGCGGCUGGGUUCUCAGAGUCCAUCAACAGCAGCUUCUGUCUGCUGGAGCCGGGGGACGACAUCAAGAGAGAGAUGCUGAGGCAGGAUGAGAUCAGAAUGGCUGAGGAGCUAUCUCUACUCAACGCCCAGCAGGAUGAGGAGGAGGCCCUCGCUGGUGACCCUUCAGAGGAGCAGGAGGAGGCCCUCGCUGGUGACCCUUCAGAGGAGCAGGAGGAGGCCCUCGCUGGUGACCCUUCAGAGGAGCAGGAGGAGGCCCUCGCUGGUGACCCUUCAGAGGAGCAGGAGGAGGCCCUCGCUGGUGACCCUUCAGAGGAGCAGGAGGAGGCCCUCGCUGGUGACCCUUCAGAGGAGCAGGAGGAGGCCCUCGCUGGUGACCCUUCAGAGGAGCAGGAGGAGGCCCUCGCUGGUGACCCUUCAGAGGAGCAGGAGGAGGCCCUCGCUGGUGACCCUUCAGAGGAGCAGGAGGAGGCCCUCGCUGGUGACCCUUCAGAGGAGCAGGAGGAGGCCCUCGCUGGUGACCCUUCAGAGGAGCAGGAGGAGGCCCUCGGUGAUGAUCCUUCAGAGGAGCAGGAGGAGGGGGAGGGAGAGGAACAGGAGGAAGGGCUGGCAGAGGGGGAGGAACAGGGAGAGGGGCUGGGGGAUGAGGAGGAACAGGUGGUCCCUGAUCCGGGCCCUGAGGGGCAGACUGUAGAGACAUGUGUGUUGAACCAACCUGUACAAGAGACUGAGACUCUACAAGACAGAACUGAGCCAAUCAGUCCUGAACAAACCCAGACAGCAAGCAAAGGCACGACCCAGGAAGUAAUCAGUGAGGAGAGACUUGAUAAGACACUGGUGGAGGAAGACAAGCGUCAUGGGGAGAAUAACGUCAUUGUGGCUGAACAAUAUACUUUGGUAGAAAGGCCUUCAGGCAAGGAGGAGUCAGUGGGCCACCAGCAGCAUCCAGAAGAAGACAAAAGUUCUUCAUCAACAUCACAAGGUCAUGUUGAGGAGACUCUCCGGUCUUUGGUUCUGAUUCAGGGGGAGGUCAUAGGUCAAACAAACGCUUCAGCUGGCCCACAAGGAGAAGAUGGCACAACGGAGGAGAGGAGCGCUUUCCAACAGAUUCUAGAUAAGUUGCAGAAAAGGCAGCUGAACAUGGUUGUCUUUGACAGAAUCCGAAAAGUAUACGGGGACCUGGAAUGUGAAUACUGUGGAAAGCUCUUCUGGUACCAAGUGCACUACAACAUGCAUGUGCGUACUCACACAAAAGAGCAUCUACAUUACUGUACCCAGUGCAGCUAUUCUUCCAUCACCAAGAACUGUCUGAAGCGACAUCUGAUCCAGAGACACAGUAACAUCCUGCUCCAGUGCCCCAUGGAACACUGUCAGUACUGCACACCUGACAAGUACAAGCUGCAGGCUCACCUCAAAACACACUUUGACAACGAGAAGAAAAGCUUUGCUUGCCCUGUGUGUGAGGAAACGUUCACUGAAGAUAAACUUAAACAUCAUAUCAAGAACUUUCAUCCAGAUACGCCGAUGAACACCAUCUCCGAGACGCUUGGGGUGAGGGUGCAGAUGAAGGGCUUGAUCGGGAAGAGAGCUUCUAAGUGUCCUUACUGUGACAGCUACUUCAUGAGGAAUGGCGCUGAUCUGCAGCAGCACAUCUGGGCUCACCAAGGAGUGAAGCCCUUCAAGUGUUCCCUGUGUGACUACGCCAGCCGCAGUAAGAGCAACCUGAAGGCCCACAUGAGCAGACACACCACGGAGAAGACACACCUGUGUGACAUGUGUGGCAAGAAGUUCAAGUCCAAGGUCACUCUGAAGAGCCACAAGCUGAUGCACACAGAGGACGGUAAGCAGUUCAAAUGUACAGAGUGUGAUUACAGCGCUGCACAGAGACCUCUACUGGUACGACACAUGGAGCAGCACGCCUCUUUCAAGCCCUACCGCUGUGGCCACUGUCACUACUCCUGUAACAUAGCAGGACCCCUGAAGAGACAUUACAGCAAGAAGCACCCCAACCAGGAGUACUGUAACGCAGGGCCUGGGCCAGCCACCUCUGAGGCUGUGGAGCAGCAAGGUGGAGUGAAGUGUCCCGUGUGUGACUAUGUGUACGGUACCAAGUGGGAGAUGAACAGACACCUGAAGAACAAGCAUGGCCUCAAAGUGAUUCAGAGUGACGUGCUUGGUCUCAACCAAUGGGAGGUGGUGGAGCAGUCGGUGGAGGAGCCCCUUACCCAGUACCUUCACAUCACUGAGACAGAGGACCCUCAGGGGACCGAAGCUGCCGUGUCGGCCCUCCAGGACCUCAGGUUCACAGAGAACGGGGUGGUGUCGACCACCACAGAAGGGCUGGAUCCCACAGCGGUUAACAUCCUGCAGCAGAUCAUUGAGCUGGGGGCAGAGUCUAAUGAUGCCACAGCAGCCUCCAUGGUAGCCAUGGUCCCUGGCAGAGUGACUGUGGUGGAGCAGGUGACUGAGGAGGAGGAGCAGGGGAGCCACACUGUGAUGAUCCAGGACCCCUUCCAGCAGACAGCCUCCAUGGGGCUGGGUGAGGAGCACCAUCUGGUGGUGUCGUCUGAUGAUGUGGAGGGCAUGGAGACGGUCACCGUGUACACUCAGGGAGAGGACGCCUCCCAGUUCAUUGUCUAUGUCCAAGAGGCUGUGCAGACCGAGGAACAUACUGUGGAAUCUAUCUGAGCAGGACAGAGCGUUGGUGCAGGCAUGGAGGAGCAGUCAACAGUUUCAUCCCGGGUCAUUCAGUAGGUGGAAGACGGGGAGAUGUUACCUGAACUUGUCCAAUUAGAACAUAGAUUUGUAUUGUACCGUUGCUAGACAUUUUUCUACAGUGUGCCCUAUUGAACUCCACCCUGGCUUGCUCUAUGAAACCCACAACCAAUCUCCAAUGGCUUUGAUUGGAAUAACAUAGUGGCUUGAAAUGUAUCAUUUCAUCGCGUAUGCCUUUUCUCUGUGAUUUAGCAUUUCCUUAUGUUAAUUCAACUUAAUACAUCAAAGGCUUUUCUUAGAAAACAAGAUUGGAAUGUACUUUUUAUACAAGUGUAUAAGUCAUUUAGUAAGGGAAUAAAAUGUGGAUAAUUCAAAUAUUCAUGGCGGGAUUCAAUCUGUAACGCUGUCGACAAUGAGCCUUUGAAAGGCUAUGUUACCGCGUUCACAGAGAUCCCAUUCAAGGCAAACGCUGCAGAGGUCAUGUUAAUCGGAAAUGACCUUUUAAAAUGACAAGAGCCUUUUCAGAUUGCAUCUCAGCCUUACUUAGCUUACAUCAUAGUUGCAGUUUUGGCAUGAUGUGCCUUUAAUGUUUACAACGGAUCAUUUACAGGACUGGAUUCUUUAUAGGACUAGAUUGUUGAUCAUGCUUUUCUAUACACCCCCCCCAUCCUGUUGACUAAUAUUUCUACACCUAUUGGAAUGGUAGUCAAUGAACAAUUAAAUGGAUCAUGACAAACUCAA